AUGGAACGGCCCGAUCAAGAGAGUGCGAUCAUUCAUUAUAUUGCAAACUCAAUCAGGAAGCCAUUGCAGUUGCCCAGUGUGGUCGAGUGUUUGUACAGUCUACAACGCAUCCCAAUCCCGCAUGAUCUCUACUUCCUCCUCACCAACAACAGGACCUGUCGACCAACAUCACCCGAUUGCUAUGAUAGCAACAGUCCAUCAUUGGCAUUGGCUAAGGCCACCUCGCCACUCAUGCAUGGCGCACCAAUCAUCAUUGAGAGACGCAAGACAUUGGUGCAACACAGGAACUCGAGUUACAGUGAUCAUGUGGCCAUCACUCGUGGUCUAGUCCAGAUCAACAGGAGUCCACGUACAUCACCCGAGAAGAAUGAGGAGAAUGGUCACUCAAACAACAAGUUGGACAAGAAGAUGAGUGCAUUCGAUAUGAUCAAGGAUGACUCAAGUGGCCAGGAUAUGGCGCCAACAAUGUCUGGGUCGUCGACACCACAGACCAACAGCAACAAUAGUAGCAUGUGCAGCAGUCCAUUAACAGCAUCGAGUGACAGCGCAUUCAGUCCAAACAGCUCACCAAAGUUUCAACUACCCAUGCUGGACGAUGGUGAUGUGUCCGUCGCCAUGUCAAGUCGCAGCAAGAGUGACCGUGAUCGUGGAUCACCUGUGAUCAACUCGACGGCCAUCCGCUCGCCCAACCACUCACCAUCAAUCCAAGCGCUUCAAUCACCCUCGAUCAUGUCAGUGGCGCGAAGACUCAGCAUACCCCUACUGGACCUCGACUCAAGCCAGAAGGAGUUCAUUCGCAAGUCCCAACGCGGGUCACAUCUUGAGCGUGAGUUUGUCGAGAACUCGCCAAGAGGUGGAACCGCAGGUAGCCUGCUCAACAAGUCCGAGUUCAAGGUGUUGUUGGUCGAGGACAACCUGGUCAACGUCAAGGUGUUCACAAAGAUGCUCAAGGAUGCUGGAUACCGUGUGGAUGUGGCGUGGAAUGGCAAGCAGGGAGUGGAGGCAUCAGCCAAGCAAUAUUACCCAAUCAUCUUUAUGGACUGCACCAUGCCCGAUAUGGACGGAUACCAGGCAACCGAGUUGAUCAGGGGCCGCGAGAACAUGGUUAUGUUGACUGACAAGCGUUACAAACGAUCGUUUGUCAUUGCGUUGACGGCCAAUGUCACGCCAAGCGACCGCGAGAAAUGCUUUGACGUAGGAAUGGACGACUUUAUCCAGAAACCUCUAAGAAGUAGUUCAGUCCUGGUGGCCAUGAUUGACAAGUAUCUCAAAUACUUCACUGAUGAUGACCUCUACUACCUUGGUAAUAUUGGACGUGGAGGUAGUGGAGGUGUACCACCAUCAGGCUCUAUGAUUGGCACCAACUGUCAC